AGGAGGACAUGCCUCUAAAGCUUUACAGCAGUUUGCCUGCCCUGAGACGUUGUCACUCACUGCUUCCUCUGUUUUACUAAACAGGCCUCACAAGGAUCCAAACCGUAGAUAUCCAAGGACCUCUGUUGGUCAGUGAUGCCAUGGCUGAGAGUCAAGUGGCAGCCAGAUGGCCUUAUGGGGGGUUGUAAGAAUGGGCCAAACUGCAACUUUGCCCUGCAGGAGAGGAGAAUCUUAUGUUACAGAACUGUACCAGUGGUUCAGAAAGUUUAUUAAUGAAUGUCCAAGUGGGCUGAUUACUCUCCAUGAGUUUCAAAGGCAUUUCUGCAAUGGAACAGUGGGCAGUGAGUCAGCAGAGUAUGCUGAAAAGAUAUUCCGCACCCUGGACAAUAAUGCGGAUGGGGUGGUGGAUUUCAGGGAGUAUGUCAUGGCCAUUAGCAUGCUUAUAGAAGGGUCAGCUGUGGAGAAGCUGCGCUGGUCAUUCAAGCUCUAUGACAAAGACAGAGAUGGAGCCAUCACGAAGGAGGAGAUGCUGGAUAUAAUGCAGGCUGUGUAUAAGAUGAGUGUAGCCACUGCUUUGACCAAACCCAACCCACUUACAGCUGAAGAAUGUACCAACAGGAUAUUUGUGCGAUUAGACAAAGACAAUAACGCCAUCAUCAGUCUGGAGGAGUUCAUAGAGGGAGCGCUGGAUGAUGAUUGGAUCAGAGAGAUGCUGGAAUGUGACCCCAGUACUGUGAAGGUGGAGAGGCCCCUGAGGAGGGACACCGCUUUGGGGACUCAUGGUUGACCUGAAGCAAGUCAUUGUAUUCUGAGAGCAAAGAAAUGAAGCAGUUUAUGUUUGGACUGAAAUUUCCAUGAAACAUGACAUCAUGGUCUGUAGAGUCACUUCAAGGGAGACACCGGAGAGAAACUAGAAAAUGUGCACACAGUUAUUUCUUUGUUGCAUCAUUUCUGUAUGACUAUGUUUGAAUGCAUCUCUGUAUUGAAUAAAUCAUAGCUGUCAUGAC